CUCUGAUUGUCUCUCUCUGUCUCUCAGGCUGAUGGGCAGCUUGUCUCUGAUUGUCUCUCUCUGUCUCUCAGGCUGAUGGGCAGCUUGUCUCUGAUUGUCUCUCUCUGUCUCUCAGGCUGAUGGGCAGCUUGUCUCUGAUUGUCUCUCUCUGUCUCUCAGGCUGAUGGGCAGCAUGUCUCUGUCCAACCACUACCGCUCGGAGGUGCUUCUGGACGUGGAGACGGCGGCGGGGGGCUUCCAGCAGAGGAAGGGCAUGAGACGCUGCCUCCCGCUGACCUUCUGCUUCCACACCGGCCUCAGCCAGUACAUGGCCUUGCAGCCGGCCGAGGGGCGCCACAAGUUCGAGAGCUUCUACCCCUGCCCCGGGAGAGACAGUUUCUGUAUGAAAGACAUCAGAAAGUGCACGGUCCCUCUGUCUCACUCUGAUGACCUCAGAGCAGGACCAGGUGGCUCAGGACCCGUCGGCCAUCGACAUGUUCAUCACAGGUGA